GCCGCAGCCGCCAUCCUCAUUCACAAUCAUGGCCGUGUUCCCCUCGCGACCUCUCAAGUCACAUUCAAUCCAUGCACUGCUCCGGAAGCACCCAUCUGUCUUUGGCAUCCCCUUCUUGAUGAUCAUCGUCGGGGCAUCAUUCGCCAUGCAAGGCUUCACGCAGACGCGGUACGACCUCCAUGCCCAGAAGGUCUCACAGCUGAACAAGGAGCAAGAGCUUGGCCUAAGAAAGAGCCGAAAGAAGUUCGAUAUCAGGGAAGAAUACUAUCGAUUGAGCACGGCCAAGGAUGACGACUGGGAAAUCAUUCGCGUCCCACGUCCAAAAGGUCUCCCGGAAUGGGGCGUGCCCCCGCCCGAGCCGCCUGCUAACGCGGACAAGGCUUGAUUAUUCUCUCUUCCUUAUUUUUUUGCCGCUCGCCGGAACUCAUGCCCGGUGAGCGUACUUGUCAACGGAGGUUCGCACAGUAGGCAACACGGAAAAUCACUGCGCCAUGCUCGCUCGUCGUCGUGCUCUCCGCUUGACACAGGGGACGGCAAAGGACCUACAUCGUCUUGACAAUCCUCGGGCUGUAUCGGUCGUAGUAUGUCAUCCGAGGACUAUCGGAAGGGUUUAUAUGCAACGUCACCGGCUGUAUAUGUUCCGCCUUCAUCGUGAGGGAGGCGGAAGUAGCGAUAGGUUGAACAGCGAGGAACGGAGAGUGUGUAGAUGUAACAUUAGCUGCAGAAAGUAAACAAGGCUUUUUUGUCUUCAAAAUACAGCUCGUACGACGUGCCUUGGUUUACGAUGAUGUGUGCAUCUCGCUCCAACCC